CUGAAGCAAUCGAUCUUCAGUCGCGAGGUAACGAUAACAAUUACUGUCAAUCCUUCAACUUUGCAUUGCAGCCUGCUCGUAACUCGGUGAGAAACCAUCUUGAAGCCGCUGAAAGGUGCCGGUUUCCACGAGAUCUUCGCGUAUCAACAGGCAGAUCAGUCUUGAACCUCCACGCCCAAUUCGAUCGAUCAAUACCAUACAGCCUCUAACUCAAGGCUCUUACGAUUUCUAUCUGGCGAGCUUAGGGGCUUCUACCUGUCUUUAAGGACUUUGGUCGACGUUGCGAUUGCUUGAUCAUCAAGCGACAUGCCAUUCUUGAGCUGAGGAGGGUCAUUCUGAGUGAAAACGGCUGGAAAUGACAGACGUGCAUACAGUCAAUGGCACCACGAACGGAGCUAACCAGCCGAAUCUCGACACUUCCAACAUCCUCCAGGCGUUGGAACUCAUCCACCGUCCCACGACCAAGAACGAAGUCCGGAGACAUGCCUCGGAUUACCUGGAGAAUCUGAAAAACAGCAAUGACGCGCCUCAGUAUGGAUACGCCCUUUCCACAGACCGGUCGCAGCCACCUCUUGUACGGCACUUCGGUCUCUCGCUGCUGAGCCACGUCAUCCGACACGAGGGUUACAAUUUAUCAGAAGAGCAGAAUGGCCAGCUCCGCAAUUGUGUGCUUGAUCUUGGCCGGUCAAUCCUGGCUUCGGAUUUGGCUUUCAUCCGUAACAAAAUUGCCGAACUCUGGAUCGAGCUUGCCAAACGAAGCUGGGCCCUGGAUUGGUUCGAUUUAGAUGAGCAGCUUGUCAAGCUGUGGUUUCAAGAUCUCGUACAUAAAGAUUUCGUGCUUACCGUGCUGGAGAAUCUUUCAGAGGAUGCCUUUGUUCGCGAUGACAGUAUUGCGGUGCUCCGUGGACGGGAUUUCAACUCUGCUCUCGUGGAGAUUUUCACCUCAAGCGCCAAUUUCUCGGGCGGGAUCAAGCUUGGUGACACCUUACACCAUGUACGAUUCGGAGAGGAAGGCUGGCUUGUCAGGAUCAAACAAUGCCUUGACGAGUGCGUGAGCACCCAGAUCACAGGCGGCGUCAAGGAAACAGCCCUCAAGGCUCUAGCCACUCUACGGUCAGCUUUCCUCUGGGUGAUGACUCCGGCAAUUGUACAUUCAAUGAGUUUGGCAAUAACAUGCAAUUUUUUGACACAGACGGAUCCGGAUCUUGUCUUGGCGGCUGUUGACGUCCUCUUGUCUCUCUACGGCAGACCUCGGAUGGAGGAAACAGAAGUACAAGCGCUUGUUCACCCUCUCCUCCAACCUGAGAGCAUUUCCACGUUCCGGCAACUUUACUCGUGGUCUACAGUCUCGGUUGAAGACAUCGAAAGCAGCACUUACACCAUUUCCAAGAAAUUGUCAGAACUGAUGUCUCUCUUAUCCGAUCAUAUGUGUCAGUUCGCACCUCCAGAUGUCGGUAGUCUCGAUCUCGGCCCGUUCCUGCACCUCCUUAUUGCUAUGGCUGAGCACGACAGUCUGAUUGUGUCGAUCCCGGUCGUCCAUUCUUGGGUGAAAUUGCUGGAGGUACCAUCUUGGAGGAAAGCACCUGUCGUUCUUCAAUGCAUUGGUCCUCUUCUACAGGUGUCAUCACAACGACUCAUUCAAUACGACCAACUCCCUGAAGAUACGCAGAAUCCAGUUGUGAUUUUCGUCAACGAAGAGAUCGAAUUGUUUCCUGAGCGCCAAGGGUUCUACCUUAACUACCGCAAACUCUGCUCAGCGGUUGUCGAAUGGAUAUGCUACGCUCAGUUGGAAGAGGCUAUGCAAGCAGUCUUGAAAAGAGCUGAUGAGCUCCUGGACGAGAUCCAGACCGUGGAGCAGCGGCUUGACCUUGACAGAUACGAGAGAGUCUCCAUGAACGUGCUCAAGGCAGACGCACAUUUCGCCAUGAUUGACGCGGCUUUCAAGGGUCUCGAUCGAUGGCAAAACACGCAUCGAGAGAAUUUGACCACAGAGCAGGAGCAAAUGAGUCAGAAAGUGAGAGAGGCGGCCAAAGCAUGGACACUGAACAUGAUGAAUCAAAGAGACUUUAAAGAUCCUCAGAUCAGGCAACGUCAGAUCAAAACCGCGGUGGAAAUCUCGAACAGAGCAUUGCAGAAAGAUACCGGUUUUGCGUUUAAUGUCCUCGAGCAUAUUCUGUCGUCCUUCAUCAUCAAUAAUCAGCAGAACCGGAUCUAUGCCGAGGCUGUGGGCGAGCUGCACAGUUAUGCCACUUCCGAGCUUAGACGUCUGUCGCUGCAGCAUGCUGACUACUUUGCCACCUUCUAUGAGCAGCUUCAGAUCAAGUUUACGGAUCUUGUAAAUCAACUGGGCGGAGACGAGCGGCUAGAAAUCGACCUCGAAUCGACCUUGUUCUCCGUUAUACAGCGUGCAACAGCAGUGGAUUAUGCUGAACGUCAUGCCAAGUUGCAAGAGUUUCUUCAACCCAUGGCUGCUGCUUGGGCUGACGAGAGCCUUCAAGCCACACUUCAGAGUUUCGAAUCCUUCGCUCACUCACAAGCUUUUGAUCAGAUAGGACCCUAUAUGGCGUCGAUACAGGCAGUCAAUGUUGAGGACUGGUCCUCGGUUCCAUAUGACAAUCGGGGACUGCAGAUUCAGCAAGAAAUGUCGACUGGUUAUGCCAAAUUACCCUUGCGGAAAUCGAGGAUACUUCUCACCAUAUCGACGGAAAGACUUGAGGAAGGCUCGCCCCUCCACAAGAUGGUCUGCGAGUUGUGGUCGCCCAUGGUCCCAAACAUGCUGAGUCAUGUGUUGCGGCUUACCAGCUACAACCACCAAUUGCACAAUCCUUCCUCGUGGCCAAAUGCGACGCCUGAGAUGGAGCCAGUCCUUCGGCGUGUCCUUCGAGACCGGUAUUGGCAGUCAGGAAUCUCGGCCGGGUCCAUGAACGAGUUCCACAGCAAAGUCAAAUCGACAAAGGUGACUCUGGAAGGGUUCGCGUCGUCUGUACGUGGACGAAUACGACAAAAUCUCGAGCAAUGCUACAGCAUCCUCCACACGUUGGGUCGACUGGGCCCGGUUUUCUACGGCCUGCAGCAACUUCCGGAAAUGAUAGCUGAAGCCGCCAUUGACACCGCAGCACCAUUGAGUCCGCACCACUUCUCCGUACUGCUGCAAAUGCUUCCGAAAUUGAUCGACGAGUGCCCGCCCGAGAGUCGGCAGCAGUUUCUAACUCCCAUUUUGUCAUCGCUCCUUCAACAGACGGACAACAAGCUUUCCAGUGAAUGGGUCAAGAUGACCGAACGGAAGCAGGUCAAACACGAGGAAGAAAACCUCAAUGAUGAGAUGCGCGACGACUCUGUCCUCCGCCAAAUGACCUAUAAGGCUGUCAACCUGGUGGCGCACUGGCUGAAUCCCAAGCGAGAACAGCAGCUCAGCAGCAAAAAGGCAAUUGUUAAUGGCAAUUACUUGACCCAGGGAAAUCAGCAAACGAUGCGAGAAUUCUUGCUCUCCAACGUCCGUAUUCUCGACCGCUUACUCGUCUUCAUCAGGCACGCACUUGCUUUCCGCGACCUGCGAUCAUGCUCUACAAUGCUAGACUGUGCGCGGCGAACUGUUCCUGAAUUCGCAUCCGAGCACUUCAUAUCAGGCCAGGAAGCUGCAGCGGUGCGCGAGUUCAUCUCAACCGACAUGCUCAAGACGGCAAUCACCUGCUUAAAUGACGGCUAUUUCGCCGAUCACCAGCAGCAUUAUGCUCAGCUCAUUGCGACCAUAUGGCUAUCGUACGGCCUGCCCGCCCACGUUCCGGCAACGGAAGGGACACCGGCGCACGAUCGUCCGCCGUUGACCUCGACGCCACGGGAUGUGAUCCUGAGCCUGCCUGGGAUGACGGAGCCAAGGGUCGACAAUGCUGCUUCACAGCUGCUACAAGAGGGCCUGGCAGGGCGAUCCAAAAAGCUCCGAGCAAUUAUCCUGUCUCUGCUGGAAGGGGUCCGAGGUGUCAGACUCAGUGAACUUGGUAAGAUCGACAUGAGGCAGCAGCAGUCGAAGAUCCUUGAGAAAUACAAGCAGCGCGAAUUGUUGGGAAUGCAAGGCGUCGACGACAGCGGCAAAGCUACUGGGGAUGGUGGAGUUGAUUUCGGUGGUGUGGCUGACAUGUUUGCGGGUUAGAGACUUGAUGCUAUGGGCGGCCAGGAAGAAGUGAACAGCGAUCUCGGCAGCAGACGGUUCAUUUUAAGAAAGGCUCGCUCGUUUUGAAUAACUGUGCUUCCGUGUGGAAGAUGAGACAUGGGCCUGGCUGGCAGAUCAAGUACGUGUAUGCGAUGCAUAUUCGAAAAAACCAGCAUUUGCCCAAUAGACAUUCCCAUCAUGGCGAAGAAAGUUCAAUAGAAGACUGAGCUGGGUGGAGGGAAAAGACAGCUGUAAGAGACAAAGAUUGUAGGAGCUGAGGAAUAUCACACUGGAGGAGGUUGCAAUGAUGAAGAGGGGCCACUGUCAAUACGGAGUUCAAGUGUCACUAGGAGUGCUUCGCUGUCAGUUCUCCUAGGGAAGGCUAGGACCAGGUACGACGAAGAACGAAAGUCCAAGGCAUCGGCUCGAAUCUUUGUUGGUUGCCCAGGUCGGCGGCUUCAGGUUUAUGAAUGCAUGCCCUUGGCCUCCCACUCGGCCUGCUUCCAGUCAUGCUCCGCCAUUCUGCCCCUUCCUGUACCAGCCGUUCUAAG